UUUUAGGGUUUAAAAGUGAAAAUUUAAUAAAUUGAGUACAUACUUUUUACGUAUAAUGUAUUAUAAAGAUGAUUCAUAGUGUGUUAUAGUGAAAUAAAGAAGUUUUUUUAUAAAAUUUACUCUAAAAUGGCAAUUCGGUGGGUGACGCUAAAAAAUAAAAGAGACGCUAUUGUUAUUUUUGGCGUAAUUUUUAGUUACAUAGAAAUGUUAAUUGUCAAUAGAAUAAAUUUGAUUAAGUUAAUAAUAAAUUAAUGUGAGUGAUAUGUGCAAAAUUAAGACGAUUAAAUUUUUUAAUUAAUACAUAAAGAAUGUACUGCGUUCGGAGCGUUUGAAAGUCAGCCAUGUUUUGUUUACCGCGUCGCUCCAAUUUGAAAUUUUAGAAAUCAACUUGCUGCAGAUUAUCCAGCAACUUUUAUGGACAACGCGGGAAGGCUGCACAUAUAAAGUACAUCGUAGAAGGAUUCAAAGAAAUUGUAAAAGGUAAACUCCAAAGGUUCUGUGUAAUGGGUAUUACUUUAGACUUACAAAGUAUUUCAACUAUAAAGUGGUACAAUUCCAGUGGAUUUGAGUGAUUGAAAUAAUUUUUAUUAAUUUUUUAUCUGUAUUAUAAACAUUAAUAAAAGUGUGUGUAAAAUCGUGAAGAUAAACUGGAGUGUGAAAAGACACAAGUGUUAGUGAUAGCCACGACAACGAAGCUGAAGAAUUCUAGGGAAGUGUGGAAGAGUCGAGGGAGCAGAUAGAAGAGGAGAGAUGAGGUACCAUCCGGCGGUCAUCUUCUUCAUUCUCCUGCUCAGCAGUGCAGCAGCUCAAGGGCUCCCGCGAUCAUUUUUGGCUAGGCCUUUCCGAGGAGGACCGCCGGUUCAAAUAAAAGCAGUGCUCGAUGGUACAGCAAAAUUGCCUUGUGACAUCCGUCCACCUCAACCAAAUGAUUCAGCCAUUUUGGUUGUGUGGUACAAAACGCCAGAACGAUCUUCAGAUAUUAUACCGAUUUACAGUUAUGACAUGAGAAGUAAGCGGACGGAUAAAGCAACACAUUGGAAAGAUAAAAACUACUUUAAUGAAAGAGCUCACUUUGUCAUAACUGUCGAGCCUGCAACUCUUAAUAUCCGACGAGUGGAAGAAAAGGAUGAGGGAGAAUAUCUUUGUAGGGUUGACUUUAUUGGAAGUCCAACGAGAAAUUCUAAAAUUCAUCUCUCUGUGAUUAUUCCACCACAUAAACCCAAUAUCAUAGAUGAGCACGGAAAGACUGUAUCAACGAUAGCAGGCGCUUACGAAGAAGGUGGUGACAUGCGACUCACCUGUCUUGUCUCCGGGGGUCGACCUCCACCAAAAGUCAGGUGGUGGAAAGGGCAAACCCUUCUUGAAUCUAAAGAUGAGCCGGGUGAAUUUCCAGCUUUGAGGAGAAACACUCUAGUAGUCACAGACUUAACAAGAGCUGAUUUACAUGCUGUUUUCACUUGCCAAGCAUCAAACAACAACAUUAGUCAACCUGUUUCUGCGUCAGUCUCUAUAGAUAUGAACUUGCGACCUUUAAGUGUGUCAAUUCUUAGCAGCGAGCACGCGCCUCUUAGUGCCGACCGCCAGUAUGACAUCAAUUGCAUGACAGUCGGCUCGAGACCGCCAGCAAAGCUUUCAUGGUAUAUGGAGGGUAAAAUUCUUGAGAAUUUCACGCAAACAGUGUCUGAUGACAAAAAUAUGACAACUUCAACUUUAACCUUUAAACCAACUCGACAAGAUCAUGGAAAAGUUAUCACUUGUAGAGCUGAAAAUCAAAAUGUUGAGGGUGGUUUCGAAGAAGAUACCUGGAAGCUCAAUGUAUUUUUUCUACCUACUAUUCGGCUUGAACUCGGCUCCAAAAUGAAUCCUGACGAUAUCGAAGAGGGUGACGAUGUUUACUUUGAGUGUAAAGUUCGUGCCAAUCCUGAAGCCUACAAAGUCAUCUGGAAACACAAUGAAGUUGAGAUCCAUAAUAAUGCUAAGAAAGGUGUCAUAGUACAACAAUAUAGUCUGGCUCUACGAAAAGUGAAUCGCUUUCAGGCUGGAAAUUAUACGUGUAUUGCAUCAAAUGUCGAGGGUGAUGGACACAGUAAUACAGUGGAGCUUAAAAUAAUGUAUAAACCAAUCUGCAUCCCAGAUCAGAAACGCAUUUAUGGAGUAGCUCGGCUCGAAGAGGCAAAAGUAGUCUGCAGAGUUGAAGCUUAUCCACCACCUAACAACUUUCGUUGGACGUUCAACAACACCGAGGAAAUGGUUGAUGUGGCUCAGGAACGUUACAGGAAUGGAACCCGUCAUACACAGAGUGUUCUCACAUAUAGACCUGUCACUGAAAUGGACUAUGGAACAGUGUUGUGUUGGGCGAGCAAUACAGCAGGACAGCAGAUGAAUGCUUGCAUAUUUCACAUCAUACCAGCAGGCAAACCAGAAGCUCCCUACAACUGUACUCUAACAAACCAAACAACAGAUUCACUAUCCGUUGAAUGCACUGCUGGUUUUGAUGGUGGUCAACCUCAAAACUUCCUUCUAGAAGUCUAUGAUCAACAUACAGGGAUUCUUGAAGCUAAUAUAACAUCUCGUGAGAAUGCAUCAUUCACGGUCCAAGAUCUUGAGCCAGAUAAGGUACUUACUAUGAAACUUUAUGCAUUCAACUCGAAGGGAAGAAGCGAACCUACAAAACUAGAAGGAUUUACACUUAAGAUUGCUGAGAAGCAAACUGUGCGCAUUUUGUUCACAGGUACACCCGUGCCAUUCGAAAUCACCCCAUUACUUGGAGUACUUAUUGGACUAGUUGCUGCAUUGCUGCUCAUCACAGUUGUCAUUCUUGGAGCACUUAAAGUCAGAAGUGAUCGACGAACUCACAGACCCGGGGAUCUACCGUUGAAAAAAACUACUGCUCCAAGCUCUGAAGAUCUUUAUGAUACUGAUGAUAGAAACCCUGACGUCGUGCCAACUAAUAAAGAUUCAGAUUACCAGUUAACGGGUUCAACUGCGGGUACACCAUUAGCUGCUCAACCGACUCCAGAUGAAGUUUCAACCACGUCACUACCAGCCCAGCAGACGAAUCAUUUGCAAGGACUUAAUACUUACUCACACAACGAUUAUUCGAAUUACCCAACUUUGCCGCUUACAGGAGAAGUGACUUAUGCAGAAUUGUGCCUGGCACGUCCAACGACCCUUUCGACCACUGCGGAUUCGAAGCUUUCAAGUCUUAACACUGGCCUUAAUAACAUUGGAGGGUUUGGUGGUGUACUGGUAGGAGGGAAACCUUACAUCAAAGAAGCAACUGUUUAUGCUUGUAUAGAUCAUAAUGCUAGACCACCAAAAAUAGACCAGGUUUGUCAACCUAUGAAAGGAAGUGCUGCAACUUUGUUUCAAGAUACCACAAGUAUCAUCACAGCCAAACAGCAAAAUCAUCCACGAGAAGUUGUUACAGUACGUACGCCGCUCAUCUCGUCUCAAGAGAGUUGCGUAUAGGGACGGGAAUCCGACGCGCUUGACAUUAACGAGUAUUACGUGUAAUUGCAGCGACGUCGGCGCAUUCAAUUAUAGACUCCAUCUAAUUAUAAUGAAUUUUAAAUUUGUUGGUUGACGAUGCAAUAUUUAUAAAGACUAGUUGGCGAAUACAAAUCGAUUGGUGAAGUCUGCACGUUGCAUUGACUUGACUUUUAAAGAAAUUUUUUAACUCCUGACCAACUUUCUCAAUUUCUGUCUCAUGUAACGUCAUAUUUAUUCAUCAAAAUUUGAUGAAAAAACUUUUUAUAUGAUUUCCAUACAUAAAUGAAUUAUUUUUAAAAGGAAUCAAAUUGU